AAGAACCGUCUGCUUGUGUGGCAAGGAGACAAAAAGGUGAUCGUACGUAAUGACCUAAAAUAAGUUUCUGUCUGCUUGACUCCCGUAGUGUUCUGUGUGGAAAACUUUUUUUUCUUACUGCACAAACAAACAGUGUGGCAUGGAAUGACUUCCAUCUCUUCCAACAUUCCAACAUUGCCAACUCCCAGUAACAGCAAAAGCCGGCUGGCUCAGCCAAAGGCGAGCUAUUCAACACGUACCACUGGCUCCACCACCCAGCAGGCAGCCUUGAAACUCCAGACUUCAAAGUCCACCACCACUCUCCCACGUCGUACAACUACUAAACCGUCCAUAUCAACCACCAAAGUCCAGGCUACACCACAAGUAGGCGACCGGGUCAUACUAGAGAACGGCUUAACAGGAACGUUGCGGUACUUGGGAGAGACAUCGUUUAAGAAAGGUCAUUGGGCAGGUAUCGAAUUGGAUGAGUUAGGCACAGGCAAGAACUCGGGCACUGUAAACGGGACGAGUUACUUUCAAUGUCGGCCCAAUACAGGAUUAUUUGUUUUGGCUCAGAAAGUUCAAUUACUGGAACGAAGAAAAUUAUCCCCGUCUAAUGAAGGAAAAACCAUCCUCUCCCCAAUAGGGAGGAAGUCUGCGCUUCAAAAUAAACUGGGGAACCGACCUACUGAAUUUGAACAAGACAAGGCUACGCGAGUGAAUGUUGAAGAAUUACAAGCGGCUCUAAACAAGGCGCUCCGCGAAAAUGCCUCGCUCAAAGACAAUCAGGACCAAGUGGUCCGACUGGAGAAACUUUUCACUUUGGAAAAGCGCUCCAACGAGAAACUACACUACGAACUGGAUCAUGCAAAGAAAUUACAUGCAGCUCAGUUGAAGACCUGCCACGAGGAGUUAGGCCAUUUGGGAGCAACCAUAGACGAAUUGGAAGCCGUCAACAAGGUCCUGAAUUCAACCCUACAGGAUUUAUCGACUCAACCAUUGCAUCAUCAUCAGAGAGUGUCUUCAGACUCCAUUGAGUUCUAUCGCCUUACGAAACAAUGGACGGACUUACAGGAGAAACAUCGUAUGAUAAGUGAACAACUGGAAAGGGAAAAAGAGCAGCACCGUGCUACUCAACGACAGCUCGCUCAUGCCCAUAGCGCCACACAGGAAGAGAUAAGCGAUCGCGGCCGAGAGUCUACGUUGAUCCAGGCCAAGCUAGACGACGCCAUCCACCAGAUUGAAAAUUUAACACUAGAAAAACAAGCUCUACACCAUGAACUUGACACUUUGAGGUCCCGCAACGGGGAAAAUGGUUCUCAAGAGCGUGGCAUUUUACUACAAUUGAACAGCCAGCUUAGCGAGCAGCAGACGGAAAAUGAAGAUCUCAAAUUUGCGCUGCAAGAGCUAACCAUUGCACUAGAAAAGGCAAAGGAACAUGCUGCAGACAAGAAUGGCCAAUCCGAAACUCAGCUAGGUCUCAAGCGAAGCACGGCAGAGUCUGAUUUGGCAGCUUUGACGGAGAAGUAUGAAAUCACAGUGCAGGCACUCGAAGACGAGAAAAUGGCGACUGUCAAGUUAAAGGAGCAAAUUUCUGAGCUCCAAUCUUCCACCACCUCCAUACAGCAGUUGGAGCAGGCCAAUGCCACAUACCAAGAAAGUCUGGUGGCUUCCAUGGAAAGAAUCAAUGCUCUUGAAGACGAGAUCUCCCAUUUAUACAGCACAAAGAACGUGGCCUUGGAGCAAUCAGAGAGACAAACCGCCAUGGAGAAAGAGCUAGCUGACAAGCAGCGUAUCAUCGACCAGCUGCUUGGUGAUAUAUCAGAGCUUCAAUCUCAGCUAUCUGAAAGCCGUGAACAAGUGGAUGUACAAAUAGACCAGCUGAACGCCUUACGCCAAGCGAGGGAUCAAAAUGUUACAGAGUACCAGCAUCUCCAAGAAGCCCAUAAGCAACUGGAGAUGGAAUGCCUGAAACUUAUGGAUGAAAUCAUUGUAAAUGCCAACCACGACUUCAACGAGGAUCCACGUAGUCCAGAAACACCGCCGCCCGGAAACUUCAGUUAUGCGCUCCAAUUAUCUCAUCGUCAGACGAAGGUUUUAGAGGGCAAGGUGGCGAAGCUUCAAUCGGAAAUGAUGGCCAACAUGCACACCGCUACACAGCAGCAUCAGAAAGUCCUCCAGAGCAAAGACGCAACCAUUGCGAAACUCAGUAAAGAAUUAUCGGAUUUCGAGCACUUGGUGGAGAACAAGAUAUUCCGUGAAUCAGAACUAGAAGAGCGGUUGAUCAAAGAACAGGGACGACGAAAGCGGCUGGAGCAAGAGAUUGUAGACAUACAAGCGCAAAGUCACGUUCCCAUCAGUCCACGAUCCGAUCAAGAUUCUUCAAACGCCUACGAUGAUACUAGCGCCGUGUUGAAACAUGACUCCAUUCACUAUGUUGCUCGUGGCAAACAAGAUUCCAGAUCAGAAUCCUAUUGUGGAAUUUGCGAUCGUUUUGGCCAUGAUACCAUUGACUGUAAGAAACUCGGUGCGCCGGAUAUAUUAAACUCGUAUUCAUCUCAAGAUAAUGGUCAACCUGUAAGUUUUGCGAAAAAAAUUUAGGAAUAUGUGGUUCAUGAUUUACUUACUAUUUUAUUUUCUCUAACCACGUAGCAUUGUGAUUAUUGUGAGAUGACGGCCGAUAUACCCCAUUGGACAGACGAUUGCCCAUACCAACAAGAAUCUUAUUGAGACUUCUUUGAGUUUUGGUGAUAUCACACUUUUGCAUUUCACAACAAGUGAACCUGUUUUCCAAAAUGAAGUGAGGGGGCUUCCUAAUGUGAAGCUUUCAUAAAAAAGUUGCUUGUUUUUCCAUUGUUUUUUCUACGACCAAAGCGCAGUAGACCCGCCUUGUAAAAAAAAAAAAAAAACACAUAAAAGAUAUAAAAAUUCCUCCUUUCAAUACGCACAUAAUUAAAAAAUGUCGUUGUUCUUAGUCAUUGAUGUCCACUACUUUUUAAAAGUAGCUGAUUAGUCCUUCAUAAUAAUAAAAAAAUUGUCUCUCUGAAAUAA